AUGAAACCUUUGCCACCCAGUCUGGAUGAGAUUAAAGAAAGGGGCAAGGCAAUAAAAAAAAACUUCAGUUUACAGAUGAUGAAAUUGAUGCAGUGGAAAAAAAAAAGACAAAACUGCAGAGUGAUGCCAUUGACUGGUUUCAGUACAGAACAGGAAGAAUCACCGCUUCUCAUUGUAAACGUAUUGCAAGCUUGAAAUUAACCACAUCUCCAACUAAAGCUUUAAAGGAAGUUUUGAGUUACAACCAAGUGCCUUUAACAGCUGCCAUGAAGGAGGGCUUGGCAAAGGAGGAUGAAAUUGAACAGGCACUAAUAAAAUACAUGAAACAGAAUGGACAUUCUGAUAUAAAAGUCGAAAAGUGUGGAUUUGUCAUUAGCAAGACCCAUGGACAUAUUGGUGCCUCUCCAGAUAGAAUAAUAUAUGAUCAGUCUGAGUCUAGCCCAGGUGUGGUUGAGAUGAAAUUUCUUCAGGUGAAGUCAGGGGAAACCCUUGAAGAUAUUUUACUGAAACAGCAUAUUUGUAUAAAAAGAAGCAAUGGUAUAGCCCUUAAUAGAAAUCAUAAAUACUUUUAUCAACUACAUCAACAAAUGUUUGCAACAACGUAUCCCUGGGGCAUAUUUGUUGCUUGUGGCAGGGAUGGUGGUAUUUAUGUUGAGAAAGUGUUGUUUGAUCAAGAGUUUUGGUCUCCAGUGCUAGUUAAGCUGGAUUCAUUUUUUUUUGACUCGGUCAUUUUACCAGAACUAGCUUUUCCAAAGGUUAAAUAUGGUCAGAACCGUACAGUGUUAUAUAGUACAGAUAAAUAA